GAGCUCCUUCAUAACAUAGCUUUCCUUUCUGAGUAACAUAACAGAGCUUUCUUGCUUGCAACGAAAAUACAGAGAGUCCGAGGAAAGAAUCCCCAUAAAUAGUAUGAUUUGUGUGUAUAUAUGUUGUUAUAUUGACAUUGAUCAGGGGUAGGUGUAUUGAUACAGGUUUAGGGAUUGGAGUCCCUGGGGUGAUAACAAUGGGGAUGAUUGCGUGGUGGUGGUGGAGGAGGAGAAAAUAUGGCGAUUCGGAUUCAAUAAGCAGAUACGCCACUCAUUCUCACAUAGACGGUAGCAAUGUCUACUUCGGAAUCCCUGUUUUCUCGUAUUCCGAGCUCGAAGCAGCCACCAACCAUUUCGACCCUUCCACAGAACUCGGAGAUGGAGGCUUCGGCACUGUUUAUUAUGGUAAGCUUGAAGACGGGCGAGAAGUUGCUGUAAAACGCUUAUACGAGCAAAACUACAAACAAGUAGAACAGUUCAUGAAUGAAGUGAGGAUCCUCACUCGUUUACACCACAAAAACCUUGUCACCCUCUAUGGCUGCACCUCCCGCCGCAGCCAGGAACUCCUCCUCGUCUACGAGUUCAUCCCAAACCGCACCGUCGCUCAUCACCUCCACCUCCACAGAGAUCCCAAAAAGCCCACCGUUUUACCAUGGUCCACUCGCAUGAAAAUCGCUGUCCAAACCGCCAGAGCACUGGUCUACCUCCAUGCCUCUGAAAUCAUUCACCGUGACAUCAAAACCAACAACAUUCUCCUCGACGAAGGAUUCAAUGUUAAGGUUGCCGAUUUUGGACUCUCAAGGUUGUUCCCCAACAAUGUCACUCACGUUUCCACUGCUCCACAAGGGACACCGGGGUAUCUCGAUCCCGAAUAUCAUAGUUGCUAUCAGCUCACCAGCAAAAGUGAUGUUUAUAGCUUUGGAGUUGUGCUCAUUGAGCUCAUAACAUCCAUGGAGGCGAUCGACAUGAGCCGGGACUCGGACUCCAUAAACUUGUCGAGCUUAGCAGUGAGGAAGAUUCAGAGGAGUGAGCUGAGCGAGCUGGUGGAUCCUUCUCUUGGGUUUGAGAGUGAUGGGGGGGUGAAGAGGAUGGUGAUAUUGGUGGCUCAGUUGGCGUUUCAGUGUUUACAGACUAAUAAGGAAUUGAGACCUUCCAUGGAGGAAGCUCUGGAGAUGUUGGAGAGGAUUCAAAGUGGGAGUGAUCGGGUACAGGAGCACCCACGAUUGCCACCGGAAUCAGCAAAAUGGGAUGAGGUUGGGUUGUUGAAGAACGCAAAUCCACCGCCUUAUUCUCCCAACAGUGUUGCUGAUAAAUGGGGAAGCGAAACCACGACGCCCAAUGUCAGUGCUUGAGCAAGUGUUCAUAAUAGGUUCUCUGUUCUCUGUAUA